CGCCCCCUCCCCGCCCCCUCCCCCGCCCCUUCUCCCCUCCCCUCCUCGGCCGUCCGGCCGCCUCGCGGCCAGCCGUCACCUCGCCGCCUGCCGCACUCCUGGAGCGAGAGAGCGACGAGCGAGCCACGGCGAUGGUGCCGCCCGCGGCGCAGCCAUGGAGCCCGCCCGAGGAGCCCGCGCGCGCCGCUGCCAGCCUGCCCGCAGCCCGCCGCCUGCGCGCCAGCUCCCCGUGUCCCGGGCCAGCUGCUGCCGCCCCGCCAGCCUCUGCCCGCCCCGCCGCCCGGCGCCACUGAGCCCCACGCCCGUGCCGGGCUCGGGGACACGGGCGCCCUAGUCCCGCCGCCGUCGCCGCCGCCACCGCGCCGCCGCCGCCGACGACGACGACGAGGAGGAGGAGGAGGAGGAGGAAGAGGAGGAAGAGGAGGCGGAGGAGGAAGACGCCGCUGCCGCUACGGUCGGCGCGGGGCACAGCCGGGGGCAGCGCGAGGGGAAGACGGCGGCAGGGCUCCCGGGGCCGGGCAGCCGCCCAGCCCCGGCCCGGAGAGGGCCCCGACAUCCCCCAAAUCUGCCUUCAUCAGCGCUGCGAAGAAGACCAGGCUGAGAUCGAAUCCUGCGAAGGUCCGAUUUUCUGAGCAGGUGGCAGUUGGAGAAACAGACGCAAAAAUGAUGAAGAAAGAAGCUAUUCUCCUCAUCCCCAACGUCCUGAAAGUUUUCUUAGAAAAUGGGCAGAUUAAAUCAUUCACUUUUGAUGGCCGGACCACUGUUAAGGAUGUGAUGGUAACAUUACAGGACCGUCUUUCCCUGAGGUACAUUGAGCACUUCGCUCUAGUCCUUGAGUAUGCUGGGCCGGAACAGAACCACAAGUUCCUGCUUCUCCAGGACAAGCAGCCUCUGGCUUAUGUGGUACAGCGGACACACUACCAAGGAAUGAAAUGCCUCUUCCGAAUCAGCUUCUUUCCCAAAGACCCCGUGGAACUGCUGCGUCGGGAUCCCGCUGCUUUCGAGUACCUGUACAUCCAGAGUCGGAACGAUGUUAUCCGCGAACGCUUUGGAAUGGACCCCAAGCCGGAGAUGCUUUUGGGCCUUGCUGCCCUCCACAUCUAUAUCACGGUCUCGGCCACUCGACCUAGUCAGAAGAUCUCGCUCAAGAAUGUGGAGAAGGAAUGGGGCCUGGAACCCUUUCUUCCCCCCUCCCUCCUACAGGGCAUCAAAGAGAAGAACCUUCGGAAAUCUCUCUCACAGCAACUGAAGGCCCACCAAACACAUCCUUCCACUGGCACCAAGGGCUCUGCAAUUCAGGCAAAGCUCCAGUAUCUUCGAAUUCUGAAUGAACUUCCAACAUUCACGGGCGUUUUGUUCAACACUGUGGGCCUGGACGAGAAGCAGUCAGCCACCACUCUCCUGGUGGGACCCCGUCACGGCAUCAGCCAUGUUAUUGACCUCAAAACCAACCUCACCACUGUGCUGUCCGAGUUCAGCAAGAUCAGUAAGAUCCAGCUGUUCCGGGAGAACCAGGGCGUGGCCCGGGUGGAGACCAGCAUCAUGGAUGCCAAGCCUCUGGUGCUGUUGAUGGAGUGGCCCGAAGCCACCAACUUUGCCUGCCUGAUCGCAGGGUACUGCCGUCUCCUGCUGGACUCCAGGAAGAUGGUCUUUUCCAGGCCUGCCAGCCAGCCUCUUCCACCUCCAAUGAUCAAGGCAGAUUACAUGCACAGCGCCCACCGCCCUGUCCCUGGGGGCCACCUGGGGAAAAAGGAGAGUAGUUAUGUGGGCAGCAUGGGCACCAGCCCCAGGAAGUCGAGCCGCUGCACGCCCCCGCCUGCCGACUCUGAGCUUGUCAGCUUUUGCUACCUCCACAUGCGGGAACAAAGGAAGGAACAGGAAAGCCGGACGGACGUCAACGAGAACUUAAUCUUCUUUGAGGAGACCAGGCCCCGGACCAAGUCUGACCCCACGUCCAAAAGCUCUGGCCAAGGCUACGACGUGAUCCCCGAUGACUUUGACGCAGCCAGCCUCGACCAUGAGCCUUGCGCCAGCAGGGCCCGGUCCUACACCUUGGACAAUUCCCUUGGGGCCGAAGCCCUGAAUUUCUACUGUGACUCUUGCAAAGCCAAACUCCAGGAGCAGCUGGGCCCUCGAAAAGGUGGGAGGCCCGGCUCCUCUCGUGACAAUAUGGUAGACUUGAUGUCCCUGCCACCGCCUGGGAGCGAAGAGGAAGAGGAGGAGGAAGAUGAGAGCACUUCCCUGUUGCCUGCCAUUGCCGCCCCCCCUCCUGGUUUCCGAGACAAUAGUUCCGAUGAGGAUGACUCCAAGCGCCGGGCGGCCCAGAGCCAGGAACAAGGACGCCACCUGCGUGGGCUCCUGUAUGAUGAGAUUCCAGUGACACUGAUCGACAGCGUGCAGCCCCGGACAGUCCGAGAUCAUGCCCAGGAGCUAGAUGAUGCCCUGGUGUCCACUCUGCAGGCUCUGGAAGCCCUGGCAGCCUCAGAGGAUGGACCGCACCCCCCACCCCCACAGACUGCAGGUCUGAUUGUGCUGGCCACAAUCACCCCUGAAUCAUCGCUGGACUCAGGCCACGAAACCAACUCUUCGGAGCUCACAGACAUGUCAGAGAUGAUGUCUGCCAUGAAGCAGCACCAGAAUACCACCUACUUCUUGGCCCAGCACCUCAACAAGGAGAGCCUCCUGGCUCGCAAGGACCUACCCUUCCGGAUCCAGAGCUGCGCGGCCCAGGCUGUCCUCACGGCCCCUUACUCUCUUGGGCGCCCAGAUCCCAACCCGGCCCUGCAGCCAGCUGUCACAGGCCAGAGUCCUGGCCCCCCUGGCGCUCGGAGGAAGCUGCCCCCGUCAGAAUCCCAGCCACCACAGCGAGAGAGAGCAUACGCCCUGGCCGUGCACCCAGCAUUGUCCCCACAGCUUAGUGAGCAGAAGAAUCUGAGCCUGCUGUCCCCAGUUCCUGAGGACAAAGGGCCUGGCCACACGAGGGCAGGCCUGGAGAUGUCCCUGAGGGCAGCCACACCAUCCCUCAGUGAAGAGCAGGUCUCUGAGCUAAGGGAGAACCUGCCCAAAGAAGUCAGGUUGAGCCCCAAGCUUAUCCUGGACCCGAAGGGCAGCGUGACCCCAGCGAUCAUCUCGGCUGCCCUCCAGCAGGUGGUUCACCCUAAGAGCCUACCUGCCCCUGGCGGGGCCAUAGUGAACCCUCCCAGCAGUGGGGAGAGAAGGCUGGAGGCCAGCAUGGGGAGGCCUGAGGUCAGCAUGGGAAGAUCAGAAGUUAGCAUGAUGAGCGGCAGUGCCAGUAAGAAUCUGAAGUUCAAAAUGAGCCCCGGUGCUCCAGAGACCUCACGGAAUUCCCAGCAGCCGCUGAGCCCAGAGGUCUCCUCUGGCUCCAGAGUGCCCACAGGCAGCCGGGCCGACAGCCUGCACCUCUCCCCACAAGAGGACCAGCUGCCUGGGCCAAGUUUCCCUCCUAAAAGCUACCUUGCACGAGCGAGUCGAGAGUCCCUGAGCAAGCCGUCUCUGGGGGAGGUGGCAGGCAAGGCCGGGCCAGAGGGCGCUAAGCCCUCCCUGCACAAGCAGGGCGCCGUCUCCAGCCAGGGGGAGAAGGGGCAGCUGGAGAGCAUGCCCCAGAGCAGCAAGAUCGAGGAGACCAGCCUGGUGCCCCGAGCCGGCUACUCCAUGGCUCUACAGAGCCCCAGCUGCCAACCUCGAGGCCAGAGCCCGCUGAGGCCCCAGGCUGCCAGCCGGCAGGUGAGCACCAUGCCCUCCAGGAAGCUUGAGACAACCCUGGACGGAGCGCACUCGGCCUCCGAAGGCCCCGCGAAGCCCAAAUCCUCCCGAGGACCCUUCCGGCUACGCAAUUUAUUCUCUGCCACCUUCCCGACCCGCCAGAAGAAGGAGACCGAUGAGCGGCAGGCCCAGCUGCAGAAGGUAAAGCAGUAUGAGCUCGAGUUCCUCGAGGAACUUCUGAAGCCCCCGAGCCAGGGGGAGCUGCCAGGCACCGAGUACCUGCAGCCCCCCGCGCCGGGCCGCUGCAGCUGCCAGCUUCGGAGCAGCCCAGUGCAGCAGGGGCCGGGCAUGUCCCGGGAGCAGAGGCGCAGCUGUGACUGCAAGCGCAUCUGCCGGGGGGGCCGGCCUCAGGCCCCCCAGACGCCCGUGCCCGGCCUCCGGGGCCAGGAGAGGGACAGGGUCCCCCCGAGCCAGAGGCAGCCGGAGGUCGGCGCGGGCCUGAGCCUCGGCAGCCCCACCAACGAAGGGCGCCUCCGCUCCACCAGCCUGGAAUCCCGGGAGUGCCGAUCGGACCCCGAGAGCGGCGUUUCCUGCCUGACCACGUGUGCCUCAGGGGGGGAGUGUCUGGGAGCUCCCAACUACCGCAAGCUGAUGCGCCGCUACAGUAUCGGUGAACCGGACCAGGGUGACAGGGCCUCGCUGACCUCAGACAUCUACCCACACCCACCCCUGGGCAUGCUGCCCAGGGAGGCCAAGGAGGUAGAGGCAGGCCUCCCCCUAGGCUUGGGUCCCAAAACCAAGUCCCUGGAGUCGCCGACCCUGGGGGAGCCCUCAUACGUCCAGGUUGCCCCUGAGACCAAAGGCCCCAGACAGAUGGCAGUGUUCUCGCUGCCAGAAGAGGUGUACCGGAAGCCCGCCAAUCUGGACGAGGACAGCGAGAGCGGCAGAUGCUGCUCCAUCCGCUACUGCUUCUACUACCGCAAGUGCGACAUGGCGGAUGACGCCAGCGACAGCAAGGACGAGCUCUCCUACUCCAUCCCCAUGAAGAUUCUGCCCGGCAUGAAGCUGGACGAGCAGGUGGUGCCCGUGGUGAGCAGGACCCUGCAGGUGCUGGAUGCUGCCACCUGCAGCGGCGGCAGCCCCGAGGCCUCCCGCACCCAGGAGAUCGACCUGCGGGCGUCCACCUUCGAGGGGAGCCUGGCCAAGAUCAAUGCCCUGCGGGCCCACGCCUAUGGCCUGCCCGACGGCUUCCUGGCUGCCAGGCUGGACACCAAUGAGCUGCUGACAGUCCUGCGCCAGUGCGUGGCCAGCCCCGAGGCCCGCGCCCCGAAGCCCUACGUCUCUCAGAUCUCCGAGUACAAGCUCGAGCUGGCUCUCAAGUUCAAGGAGCUCCGGGCCUCCUGCCGCCGCGUGGCCAACGUGGACAAGAGCCCGACUCACAUGCUGGCGGCCAUCACGGGCAGCUUCCAGGUACUGAGCAGCCUCAUCGAGACCUUUGUGCGGCUGGUGUUCAUUGUGCGCUCCGAGGCCCAGCGCCAAGAGCUGCUGGCCAAGGUCGAAGAGGUGGUGAGGAACUACACCUUCCUACUGCGCGCCGCUGAGGAGUCCACCACCCGGAACCUUAACCAGCAGCAGCAGCCGCCGGCCGCCGCAGCGGCUGUCGGGGCGGCCUCGGGGCACCCCCCGGGCUCCCCGACUCCAGCGACUGUUAUGAGCACAUUCACCCGCUCCUUAAAAACCCUCAUCAAGUAGGGCACCCGCCCAGGCCUGCCUCCCCCCGCCCCCCGCCCCCAACCACGGCCCCAGGUUUGAGCUUUGUGGUCUUUGCAUCUUGUGGUGAGUGUGCGUGUCUGCCCGGCCAGUCGGGGUCCGAGGGCCUUCAGGCGCCAGGGAGUGGGAACUCCCCGGAUUGAGGCCGUCCCCGACGGCUCCGGGCGCCUGCCACCCUGGGUAUCCUCGCCCCUUCCCCGGCCUCUGGUCGUCACUGUGAGGGCCAAGGCCCCUCGUCACUGCGCCUGCCUGCCUGCCCGCCGCAGAGCUGGAUUUUAUCUCUUCUUUAGGGCUGACAGGUGACAUCAGGCUCACCUUCCUGCUCCAUUUUUGGGGGCCAGGGGAGCCGGGGCCUGAAGCAGGCAGGCCCACAGGCCUUGAGCUCCCCCCUGGCAUCUGCCCCCCCAUGCCACGGAGUUGUAAGCCGUAGCACCAGGGCACAGGGCCCGGCGGGCCGGGGGGGGGGGGAGGGCACUCAGCCCAGCCGUGCCCGCCCACCCUGGGCUCACACUCACGCGGCAGAAGCCACCUAGAGGGCCUGUGCCCUGGUGGCAGGUCUGCGGAGAACAGCCACCACGCAGGGCUGUCUGCGGCCACGGCCCCACAGGCUGGCGGCCUCGGGAGCCCUCGCCCCCAGGCCCAGUAGCUCCACACCAGCCAUCCCCAAAGUGCCCUGUCCCUCACUGAUGGGCAGGGCGGCUCAGUCCACUAGGGAGCAAGCAUCUGGGAUCACCCCACUCCUUCUGGGUAAGGUACCUGGUGAUAAACGUCUGCCCUGGGGAGACCCGGCGCAGGCCUCGGAGCCCGCCCGGCCCAGCCCGGCCCAGCCCUGGGGCUGGCGCUCUGGGCGUGCGGUUCCUCUCUCAACAUCUACCAGACAGACUGUCCUUAGGAGUUUGACUUAGCUACGGAUUGGGGAUGGGGGGGGUGGGGGGAGGGGGGAUGGGGGUAGGGGUGGGGGGUGUUGAUGACUAUAUCUUAAACUUCUGGAAGCUACCGUGGUAUGUUAAUCCUGAGUAUAUGCUUUUGGCUGUGUAUUGACCCUGUGGAUUUGUCUCUCUAAGAAAAGAAGCUGAGCGCCUUACCCGGUGCAGUCCUGCACCUCUCUCUCUCUCUCUCUCUCUCUCUUUCUCUCUCCGAAGUCAUCUGGAAGGGAAUUCACACUGUUUAGCAUCCUCCUUGACGCACAUCUACUGCUGCUGACACCCCCCACCCCCGCCAAUCCCCCCCGCCCCCCACAACCUUCCUGGGAGUGAAGACACGGAGUCCCUACCAGCUGUCCCACACUGUAGGGAACAAAGAAAGCCAAUGUUUAUUCUGUAUAGAUUGCUUCUUGUCCACCUCUCCAUACCUGCCCCCGUUUGCCACACGCUCACGCCCUGUGUCUGCCUCUCUUUCACCAUUACGUGAAAGGUCCGCGUGAAAUCUCUCAUUCUUAUGUGAGUUUUAUAAAGAUGUACACUGUGCUUAACCCCUGCCCAUCCUCAGCACUACCCCCCCCAACGCAGCGCAAUAAAGCCCCCUCCCCUCCCCAAGUGGCGAUUUCUCCCGGCAAGGAUCAGGGGAGCCCCUUCAGAGAAGCCAGCGCCCCCUCUCCUUGCUUCUCCUCCCCCCUAGGACCAAGUUGUUUAAUGGGCCAGAGAUGCAGCCAGUGGGGAACCCUUUCCCCCGUGACCACCGCAAGGCCCAGGGCCGUCGCGGUCUUCCUCUUCUCCCAACUUCUUGAUCCUGCGCCUUCGCCACUCAGCCCCCUGCCCAUGUCAUUCCACCGCCAUCCUUCACCUCUCCCUCAGCCUCACGGAGAGGACACAUUUUCUAAUGUCUGUACAUAGUAUAUAUACUACAUAAAAUAUAUAAAUUAUAUAUAUAUACUAAUUUAUGUCUUGUUUUUCAAACAAGAAUGAUUAAAUCUAUUCAUCUUACUAUCCCAAUAAGCCUUUGCAGUGCCUCUUUGUGGGUGUCCUUGUGUCCUUGAUUCGCUGGUUGGUGACGGACCCCCCCACACACACCCCGAGUGCUCUCCCUAGCUUCUGCCUGGGCCACAGUGAGUGAUGAGAGCUUAGGACCCUGUCGUGCUGCCUCCCUUUGCCCCUCUUAGAAGCCUCCUGUGGGUCACGGUCACGGGAAUUGAAUAUGGUCUACUCCUUUCUCUUGA